AUGGCAAUAAAACGAUUAAACCUACUACCACAUACUAGUAGUCUUAAUAACUCACCUACAUUAAACCUACUACCAUAUACUAGUAGUCUGAAUAACUCACCUACAUUAAACCCACUACCAUAUACUAGUAGUCCAAAUAACUCACCUACAUUAAACCUACUACCAUAUACUAAUAGUCCUAAUAACUCACCUACAUUAAACCCACUACCAUAUACUAAUAGUCCAAAUAACUCACCUACAUUAAACCUACUACCAUAUACUAGUAGUAUUAAUAACUCACCUACAUUAAACCUACUACCAUAUACUAAUAGUCCGAAUAACUCACCUACAUUAAACCCACUACCAUAUACUAAUAGUCCAAAUAACUCACCUACAUUAAACCUACUACCAUAUACUAGUAGUAUUAAUAACUCACCUACAUUAAACCUACUACCAUAUACUAAUAGUCCGAAUAACUCAAAUACAUUAAACCUACUACCAUAUACUAGUAGUCCAAAUAACUCACCUACAUUAAACCCACUACCAUAUACUAAUAGUCCAAAUAACUCACCUACAUUAAACCUACUACAAUAUACUAGUAGUAUUAACAACUCACCUGCAUUAAACCUACUACCAUAUACUAAUAGUCCGAAUAACUCACCUACAUUAAACCCACUACCAUAUACUAAUAGUCCGAAUAACUCGCCUACAUUAAACCUACUACCACAUACUAGUAGUCUGAAUAACUCACCUACAUUAAACCUACUACCACAUACUAGUAGUCUGAAUAACUCACCUACAUUAAACCUACUACAUCAUACUAGUAGUCUGAAUAUCUCACCUACAUUAAACCUACUACCAUAUACUAGUAUUCCACAUAACUCACCUAUAUUAAACCUACUACCACAUACUAGUAGUCUGAAUAACUCACCUACAUUGAACCCACUACCAUAUACUAAUAGUCCGAAUAACUCACCUACAUUAAACCUACUACCACAUACUAGUAUUUUGAAUAACUCACCUACAUUACACCUACUACCACAUACUAGUAGUCUGAAUAACUCACCUAGAUUAAACCUACUUCCACAUACUAGUAGUCUUAAUAACUCACCUACAUUAAACCAACUACCAUAUACUAAUAGUCCGAAUAACUCACCUACAUUAAACCCACUACCAUAUACUAAUAGUCCAAAUAACUCACAUACAUUAAACCUACUACCAUAUACUAGUAGUAUUAAUAACUCACCUACAUUAAACCUACUACCAUAUACUAAUAGUCCGAAUAACUCACCUACAUUAAACCCACUACAAUAUACUAAUAGUCCGAAUAACUCGCCUACAUUAAACCUACUACCACAUACUAGUAGUCUGAAUAACUCACCUACAUUAAACCUACUACCACAUACUAGUAAUCUGAAUAACUCACCUAGAUUAAACCUACUACCACAUACUAGUAGUCUGAAUAACUCACCUACAUUAAACCUACUACCACAUACUAGUAGUCUGAAUAUCUCACCUACAUUAAACCUACUACCAUAUACUAGUAUUCCGCAUACCUCACCUAUAUUAAACCCACUACCAUAUACUAAUAGUCCGAAUAACUCACUUACAUUAAACCUACUACCACAUACUAGUAGUCUGAAUAACUCACCUACAUUAAACCUACUACCACAUACUAGUAGUCUGAAUAACUCACCUAGAUUAAACCUACUACCACAUACUAGUAGUCUUAAUAACCCACCUACAUUAAACCAACAACCAUAUACUAGUAGUCUGAAUAACUCAUCUGCAUUAAACCCACUACCACAUACUAGUAGUCCGAAUAACUCACCUAGAUUAAACCUACUACCACAUACUAGUAGUCUUAAUAACUCACCUACAUUAAACCAACUUCCAUAUACUAGUAGUCUGAAUAACUCACCUAGAUUAAACCUACUAUCACAUACUAGUAGUCCGAAUAACUCACCUACAUUAAACCAACUACCAGAUACUAGUAGUCUGAAUAACUCACCUAGAUUAAACCUACUAUCACAUACUAGUAGUCCGAAUAACUCAUCUACAUUAAACCUACUAUCACAUACUAGUAAUCUUAUUAACUCAACUAGAUUAAACCUACUACAAUAUACUAGUAGUCUGAAUAACUCACCUACAUUAAAUCCACUACCACAUACUAGUAGUCCCAAUAACUCACCUACAUUAAACCCACUACCACAUACUAGUAUUCCACAUACCUCACCUAUAUUAAACCUACUACCACAUACUUGUAGUCUGAAUAGCUCACCUACAUUGAACCCACUACCACAUAUUAGUAGUCCCAAUAACUCGUCUACAUUAAACCCACUAUCACAUACUAGUAGUCUGAAUAACUCACCUACAUUAAACCCACUACCACAUACUAGUAGUCCGAAUAACUCACCUACAUUAAAUCUACUACCAUAUACUAGUAGUAUUAACAACUCACCUACAUUAAACCUACUACCAUAUACUAAUAGUCCGAAUAACUCACCUACAUUAAACCUACUACCAUAUACUAGUAGUCUUAAUAACUCACCUACAUUAAACCUACUACCACAUACUAGUGGUCUUAAUAACUCACCUGCAUUAAACCUACUACCAUAUAAUAGUACUCUGAAUAACUCGUCUACUUUAAACCCACUAUCACAUACUAGUAGUCUGAAUAACUCACCUACAUUAAACCUACCACCACAUACUAGUAGUCCAUAUAACUCACCUAUAUUAAACCUACUACCAUAUACUAGUAGUCCGAAUAACUCGCCCACUUUAAACCUACUGCCAUAUACUAGUAGUCCGAAUAAUUCACUUACAUUAAACGUACUACAACAUACUAGUAGUCUGAAUGACCUACAUUAA